CAACAGGGAGGUGUAGUCUCCACUGUCCGGUUUUAUUUAGUCCGUCUUGGUUAACUAGCGUCACAGUUUUUGAUCCAAUAAGUCGCAUUUGCGCAUCAGUUAAGGAAUUCCCCGAGUUUGGAGAGAUGAGCCGCGCGAGGAGACCGUAGUUUAAAAACCCCACUGUCGGCGGAGGCGCGGACCAUAACCUUCAGUUCAUCUGCUUUGCCUGAGAUUCAUCACAUCACAUCGUUUCGGAGAGCCCUGCGGGGGGUGGGGGGUCGUGCGGGGUUGAUUGGAAGUGGAGAGACGGAGAGCACAGGGGAUUGCCAGGAGACACUCGUGCACGCCUUCUUCUGUUAUCCCCCUUCUCUCUCCGACCGCUGCUGCUCCGGUGGGACGACACCGACCUGCCUCUUAGAGUCGCCUAUAACCUCUCCAGUCUCCGGGGCGCAGCGCGUCAGUCUGCGCUGAUGGAGCGAAUACUAACCUGGUCAACUUGGAUACCGUUUUUGGGUCCCUCAUCGAUAUUAGUCCCCCGGUUUCGGUUAACAGAAGAGUAGAAAAAAGACAGGAAAGGAGGAAGGACAAGAAAGACACGUGGAUUCCCGAGGCGCACCGUCGGAUCCGGUUUUGAUGCGCGCAGGUGUCCAAUUCAUCAUCUUAUUUUUUCUCUCUAUUUGUAUGAACUGCUGUCUUAGAGAGUUCUGCGCAAAACUGAAAGAAGAAGAGGAAGAAAGAGGAAGACGUUCAGCCGGAGUGCUUUGAACGCAGGAAUGCUCCUGGUCGGAUAUUUGCUUUGGGUUUAAGGGGGAAAUCGCUCGGAUAUCAAACAUCUCCAGCGGAGACACAGUAGAGGCUCUGGAGUUACAGAGAGCAGGGGAGAAGAAUUUUGGAAAGUAGAGCUUACAUUUACGGAUUACCAGGCUUUUUCUUCUCCUGAACAACUGUAGACGCGCUCUUCUUUGAUGUCUGAAAAGACCGUUGCGUUGCCAUGACGAGCGAGGAGGAGGAGUGCCCCAGCCUUGCAACAACACCAUCAACGGCAACCAGGGUAACAACAGCCAUCGCCAAGGGCAAUAGCAAUGAUGCCGUCACUUCCUCCUCCCCCCGCAGGCCUUCCCCGUACCACCUCCCAUGUCCCAAGAAAAAGGAGGAGAAAGAGGAGGAAAUAGAGGAGGAAGGGAUAAUCCAGGAAGAGAGGAUUGAGAAGGAGGAGGAGGAGUUGGUGGAGUUUGAGGGGGUUGAUGAAGAUGAUGAUGACGACGGCAGCAGUGAUACCAGUGUGUUAGUUGUGCCCUACCCUGAGCUGGUACCUGUGGUCUUCUUCUGCCUCAAGCAGACAACCUGUCCUCGCAGCUGGUGCAUCCGCAUGGUCUCCAGCCCGUGGUUCGAGCGUGUGAGUAUUAUGGUGAUCUUGCUGAACUGCGUGACCCUGGGAAUGUACCAGCCCUGUGAGAACAUCGACUGCUCCUCAGACCGAUGCCAGAUACUACAGGCUUUUGAUGCAUUCAUCUACAUCUUCUUUGCUCUGGAGAUGGUUAUUAAGAUGGUCGCCCUGGGAAUCUUUGGUCGACGCUGUUACCUCGGGGACACGUGGAAUCGACUGGAUUUCUUUAUCGUCAUGGCAGGGAUGAUUGAAUACUCGCUGGACCUGCAGAAUGUCAACUUCACUGCCAUCAGAACAGUGAGGGUACUGCGCCCUCUCAAAGCCAUUAACAGGGUGCCAAGCAUGCGUAUCCUUGUGAACCUGCUGCUGGACACUCUGCCCAUGCUGGGUAACGUCCUCCUCCUCUGCUUCUUCGUCUUUUUCAUCUUCGGCAUCAUCGGCGUGCAGCUGUGGGCGGGGCUGCUGAGGAACCGCUGCUACCCGGAGGAGAACUUCACACUCGCAACGGGUAUCAGUCUGCCUAGGCCCUAUUACAUGGCUGAUGAGGAUGACGAGCGACCCUUCAUCUGCUCCCUGCCGGUCGACAACGGCAUCAUGUCCUGCUCCGACGUCCCGGCCCGCCGCCAGGGAGGCAGGGCAUGCUGCCUGGACAAAGACGACGCCCUGUACCGCCAGUCACUGGGCCUGAGCCCCGAGCCUCUUGCCAAUGGCAGCGUCAGUGUAGCAGGGCUCUGUGUCAACUGGAACCAGUACUACACUAGGUGUCAUACAGGGCACAGCAACCCCCACAAAGGCGCCAUCAACUUUGACAACAUCGCCUAUGCCUGGAUUGUCAUCUUCCAGGUGAUCACUCUGGAGGGCUGGGUGGAGAUCAUGUACUAUGUGAUGGAUGCUCAUUCCUUCUACAACUUCAUCUACUUUAUUCUACUGAUCAUUAUUGGGUCCUUCUUCAUGAUCAACCUGUGCCUCGUGGUCAUUGCCACCCAGUUCUCAGAGACCAAGCAGAGGGAGCACCAGCUGAUGCAGGAGCAGCGAGCACUGUGUUCGUCCUCCUCCACCCUGGCCAGUCAACCCGGGGACUGCUACGAGGCACUCUUCCAGCUGGUUUGCCACGUCCUCCGCAAGGCCAGGAGACAAACUGUCGCCCUUUACAACACCCUGCGGGGGAAACCUCGCGGCUUCCGGGGCGUCGGAAGAGGUCGAGGAGGAGGAGAAGGGAGGCACAGGAAGGCCAAUGGAAGGGAAGGACGUGAGAGGAGAGCAGUGAGGAGGCACGGUGUACCGUGUCCCCACCAUAAUAAACCCGACCACGCCUCACCCGCUGAACCCAUGGCCCUCACUGCCACCUCUGCCACCGACGGCUGCCCUCAGUGUGCCGCAGCCCUGUCGCUCACUGAUGGGGUGGGACCAGUUUGCAGUGCAGUAAACGAUGAAGCGGAGGAGGGAGCUGUGGAGGAAACGGACAAGGAGGGGGCACAUUCGGGUAGUAAGGAGAAGGGCAAGAAAGGCCAGGAGGGUGCAGGGAGCCAUGGCAGCUGUAGUCCUAAGAGGGGAUGCAAGGAGUUGUGGCGUGAGACGAGGAGGAAGCUGUGGGGAAUCGUGGAGAGCAAGUACUUCAACCGAGGCAUCAUGAUUGCUAUCUUGAUCAACACCAUCAGUAUGGGCAUUGAGCACCACGAGCAGCCAGAGGAGCUCACUAAUGUUCUGGAGAUCUGCAACAUCGUCUUCACCAGCAUGUUUUCCUUGGAGAUGAUCCUCAAAAUCACUGCAUUUGGCUCCUUCAGCUACCUGAGAAACCCCUACAAUGUCUUUGAUGGAGUCAUUGUCAUCAUAAGUGUAUGUGAGAUUGUCGGCCAGUCUGACGGCGGUUUGUCUGUGCUGAGGACCUUCAGACUGCUGAGGGUGCUGAAGCUGGUAAGGUUCAUGCCAGCUUUGAGGAGACAGCUGGUGGUCCUCAUGAAGACCAUGGACAAUGUGGCCACCUUCUGCAUGCUGCUCAUGCUCUUCAUCUUCAUCUUCAGUAUCCUGGGGAUGCACAUUUUUGGCUGUAAGUUCAGUCUCAAGACUGAGACCGGUGACACAGUACCAGACAGGAAGAACUUUGACUCUCUGCUGUGGGCCAUUGUCACUGUUUUCCAGAUUCUGACUCAGGAGGACUGGAACGUGGUUUUGUAUAACGGUAUGGCAGCCACUUCACCACUUGCCGCUCUUUACUUCGUGGCCCUCAUGACCUUUGGAAACUACGUCCUCUUCAACCUGCUGGUGGCCAUCUUGGUUGAAGGCUUUCAGGCAGAGGGGGAUGCCAAUCGUUCUUACUCGGAUGAUGAUCGCUCCUCUUCCAACUUUGAUGAGAGCGAGAAACACGACUCCAUAAAGUUGUCUGACCCAAGGAUCUGCACGCUGACACCCAAUGGCCACCUGGAGCUGGGUGCUCUCUCGGGGCCUAGGAGAUCCUACUCUUCAGAGAGGCGGAGCUUCACCAUCGAGUCCAGAAAGAGCAGUGUGAUGAGCCUGGGCAAGAGCAGCCUUGAGAGACGCUCCCUCUCUCUACGUCAUGGUCGCAGUUCCAACUACCACAACUGGGGGCGCCCUCCCCAUCCACAGUCUGCAUGGAGCCGCAGGUCUAGCUCAAACAGCCUGGGCCGGAGGAGCUACGGGUUUGGUGGGGCUCCUCUGGUGGGAGGCAGCCUACGUGUGCACGGCACCCGCUCCCCCCAUUCCUACACCUAUGCCGCAGAGCAGGAGUCCCUUCUCUCCCACCCACCUCACUCCCAUCAUCCUCUACCCCCACAUCAUCCACCUCCACCCCCACUGUUCCUCUCCAGACACUUUGCUGUCAGGAGGGAUCGGCGGGCUCUUUCACUGGAGCUCCCAGAGCUGCUUCGGGCAGGCGGACAGCCCCCAGGCCUGCCCCCUUUCCACCCAGACCCCGGGAGGAGGAGUGAGUCUGGUGCAGGGGGAUCCAUCACUGGGGGGUCUGGGGCUGGUAGUGGUUUUGGAGUGGACCACCGGGACUGUAACGGCAAGACACCGGGUCCCCGCACUCAGCUGAUAGCUGAGGUUUUCCCUCAAGUCAACGCACGCAAGGACAGAGCAGACCUCGAUGAAGAGACAGAUUAUAGUUUGUGUUUCCGUAUCCAGAAGAUGAUGGAGGUGUACAAGCCAGAAUGGUGUGAAAGCAGAGAGGAGUGGUCUGUCUACCUGUUUUCCCCUCAAAACAAGUUCAGACUGCUCUGCCAGUCCAUUAUCGCCCAUAAGCUCUUUGACUACGUGGUCCUGGCCUUCAUCUUUCUCAACUGCAUCACAGUGGCUCUGGAGAGGCCGAAGAUACUGCAAGGCAGUCUGGAAAGGGUGUUUCUCACAAUUUCCAACUACAUCUUCACUGCCAUCUUUGUUACGGAGAUGACCGUCAAGGUGGUGUCCAUGGGUCUGUACCUGGGGGAGAAAGCCUAUCUAAGGAGCAGCUGGAACAUUCUAGAUGGUUUCCUUGUGUUCGUGUCUCUGAUUGAUAUUGUGGUGUCAAUGGCGGGUGGGGCUAAGAUCCUGGGGGUUCUCCGUGUUCUCAGGUUGCUCAGGACGCUACGCCCCCUCAGGGUGAUCAGCAGGGCUCCAGGGCUGAAGCUGGUGGUCGAGACCCUCAUCACGUCCCUCAAGCCCAUCGGCAACAUCGUCCUCAUCUGCUGCGCCUUCUUCAUCAUCUUUGGCAUUCUUGGUGUUCAGCUCUUCAAAGGAAAGUUCUACUACUGUGUGGGUUUCGAUGUGAAGAACAUCACUAACAAAUCUGACUGUCUGGCUGCCAACUAUCGAUGGGUUCACCACAAAUACAACUUUGACAACCUUGGACAGGCUCUAAUGUCCCUGUUUGUGCUGGCCUCAAAAGACGGCUGGGUCAACAUCAUGUACCAUGGACUGGAUGCGGUGGGGAUAGACCAGCAGCCGGUGACCAACAACAACCCAUGGAUGCUGCUCUACUUCAUCUCCUUCCUCCUGAUCGUCAGCUUCUUCGUUCUCAACAUGUUCGUGGGUGUAGUGGUGGAGAACUUCCACAAGUGUCGCCAGCACCAGGAGGUGGAGGAGGCCAGGCGACGAGAGGAGAAACGCCAGCGUCGCAUGGAGAAGAAGAGGAGAAAGGCCCAGAAGCUGCCCUACUAUGCGUCAUACGGUCCAGCCCGGUUGGCUAUCCACACUCUGUGUACCAGCCACUACCUGGACCUGGUCAUCACCUUUAUCAUCUGUAUCAAUGUCAUCACCAUGUCUCUGGAGCACUACAGCCAGCCACAGUCUCUGGAGACUGCAUUGAAGUACUGCAACUACUUCUUCACCUCCACUUUUGUGAUUGAGGCCUCUCUGAAGCUGGUGGCCUUUGGCUUUCGACGCUUCUUCAAGGACAGGUGGAACCAGUUGGACCUGGCCAUUGUGCUGCUGUCAGUGAUGGGCAUCACACUGGAGGAGAUUGAGAUCAACGCCUCCCUCCCCAUCAACCCCACCAUCAUCAGGAUCAUGAGAGUACUCAGGAUAGCACGAGUGUUGAAGUUGUUGAAAAUGGCAACCGGGAUGAGAGCUCUGCUGGACACAGUGGUCCAGGCUCUGCCUCAGGUGGGAAACCUUGGUCUGCUCUUCAUGUUGCUGUUUUUCAUCUACGCAGCUCUGGGAGUGGAGCUGUUUGGAGAGCUGGUGUGUAACGCUGACUACCCCUGUGAAGGAAUGAGCCGGCACGCCACCUUUGAAAACUUUGGAAUGGCCUUCCUCACACUCUUCCAGGUUUCCACCGGUGACAACUGGAAUGGCAUCAUGAAGGACACCCUGAGGGAGUGCCCACCGGAUGGUCCGGGCAGCGACUACGGCUGCCAUGCUGGACUACAGUUCAUCUCCCCGAUGUAUUUCGUGUCCUUUGUGCUCACAGCUCAGUUUGUUCUAAUAAACGUGGUGGUGGCCGUGCUCAUGAAGCAUCUGGACGAUUCCAACAAGGAGGCGCAGGAAGACGCUGAGAUGGACGCCGAGAUUGAGCUGGAGUUGGCUCAGGGAGGCCUCUGCUGCAUGAUGGGGGGCAUCGGCGCCAUCGCAGGGGCCACGGGUGGCGCUGCAAGCGUGGCCGGUGUGGGAGGAGGAGCAUCUGGUGCAAUUACAACGGGGACAGUCGGGGGUCCAAGUGGCGGGAUGAUGGCACCGCUAAGAGAUGGAGGAGGAGGCGGUGCAGCUCAUGAGGGACACACACACCAUCGAUGUCGGCUCUUCUCUCCUGCUCAGGAGAGCCAGUGGCUGGACAGUGUAUCUCUGCUGAUUAAGGACUCAUUGGAAGGGGACAUGAUUGACAACCUCUCUGGUUCAGUUUUCCACCACUACUGCUCUCCUCCUGUCUGCAAGGACUGUAAGGGCCACCCACAAGAGAUCCGAUUGGCUGAGGUGGAGCAGGCAUCUCUGAUGUCAGAGCAGCUGUCAGACAAGUCAUCGUCUCUGGCGCUGCCUGAUGACCUCAGCCUGGAUGAACACAGCAGCUACCAGCUGCUGGCAAGAGACAGCAAGAGGGGCAGCAGUGACUCCCAUAGUUCGGAGGAGUUGCCCAUCCAGGGGGGCUACAGAGGGCUUUGUCCCUCCAGCUCAGGAAACAAGGAGGGGGUCCAGGAGUUGUUUGAGGUUGGCGUCCAUCCUCAGUUGAAUACUCCCUCGCUGGAGCAGUCAAGCCCGGCACAUUGCACAGGUGGAGAUGGAGCAAGUUGCAGUGGAGGUGGUGGCAGGUCUUCACCCGUCUUCCACCUACCAGCAGACUUCUUCCACCCAGCUGCCGCAGCUCAUCCAGGCAGUCCUGGGAAAGGUGUUAGCCCAGGAGACAGAGGGCUGUCCAGGUUGGCCUCCCCAGCCUCCUGGGCCUCCCUCCGCUCACCCGGAGCCAACAGCAGGCCCCUGAGCUCUCAGCACCCGUCCCACAGUGACUCCUCCCUGGCCACAUGCAGUUCAGAGGGCAGCCUGCAGACCACUCUAGAGGAAGGGCUCAGCUUCAGCGUCUCCCCACCUCGAGAUCUGGAUCUCCCCAUGCCUCUCCUCUGCCCCCUCCCCAGCCACCCCUUAGACCCCCAGGGACCGGCCACAGGAGACCAGAGCCACCUUUUACUAAAGAGACGCUGUACUAAUUUUACCCUCCAAGCCACCAGGGGGCACCAGAGGAGCCAGAGCAGCUGCGGUGGUGGCAGCACCAGCCUCGGCUGCCCCCGGCAGGACUCCAUGGACCCAUCAGAUGAGGACAUGGGCACGGGGGCAGGUGGGGAUGGCUGCCGCCAGACCCUCACCAGCGAACACUUGUCAGAAACACUGAACAGCCUCUCACUAACGUCGCUGCUGACCCCAGGUACUCUGGCACCCCCGCUGGUGAAGAAAUGUAACAGCACAGGCUCACUGGACCAAACCAAUCUAUCUGCCCGGAGUAAAGACGGACGCCACUUCUACGGCAUAGAUGCCCAUGGUUACUUGUCCAACCCUUGGACGGAGAGAAGGGCGAGAGUUGAGGAGGAGGAAAGGGAUAUCAGAGGCUUCAGCAUGAAAAGCAGCAGUCGGCCCACAGACACAAGCUCCAGGAGAAAUAGAUGAAACACUUGUUGCUUCUCUGUAGUGGAACUCUUUAACCAUUUGCAUUUCUGGACCUUGAACAGAGCAGGGAGAGACUUUUAAUACAGUACAUGUCCCGUGAACCCGACUCUAAAAUUCUAUUUUGUCUUUGAACCACCUGUUCUCCUCGUCGGAUCUGGCUGCUUGGGAUCAGUCAUUUCUCAAAAGAUUACAGUUGCUUCUGAGUUUUGACGUCCUUCCUUUCUUUUCCACAGUAAAUGUGGUUGCUUUUUGAAAGGACUUAACCAUAAUGACAUGGGGCUUAGCCUUUUAUCAUAACCAGGAUUCAGUCUUGACAGAUGUGGCAGUCAUGGGCUUUAUAUUUGAGUCAUCCUGAAAUACAGAAUAUUUGGAUGGCCAUUAGAGAGACAGGCCUGAAAAUUACAGUGAUUGAUGAAGAUUAUUAAGGUGAUGUUAUUUAAAUGAAAGUGCUAAAAAAAAUCAAUUUCAAAAACAGAACUUGCUUAACCCAACGUGCCCUCAACCUUAGUGCAAUAACAGUGUCAUCAACAUUGUACAGAUGGCAAACUCUGAAGCUUCUUUUGAGGAAGAACUGAACUUUGUACAGGGUUGUUUUUUUUUUUUUAAUAACCAUCGCUAACAGUAGCAUCGACCAACCUUUUUUCCUCUUUAGCAGAUUCAGUGCGUAACAGAAAAUUGAAUGCUUGUAUAUUUUGUGUUCUUUUCAAUGUAUUGAAGUUGUGUGAAUGUAGGCUUGUCUGUCUCCGUAUGUGAGAGAGAGGGAGACCAAGACAAGCAAGGAGCCGGGCUAGUCUGAAAAUUGACAAAAGGCCUCUUUGAAUAGAAGAAUGGAUAUGUGACUGUUGCUGAGAAUACACGUGGGUUGUUAGUGGAAGCAUUGGCCACUUUCAGAGUGAACUCUGUGCUUUCUACAUACCCAUGAAAGGGCUAAAAUGUAUUGAGUGCAGACCUGGGCCCAAAACUAUUGGCAAAUAAUCUUUUGCUACCUAACAUACUGUUUAAAAGUGUCUUUAAGUUACAUCCAUUACUUUCAAAGAUUUUUCUGAUGCUAAUAGUAUAUACACAUGUAAGACAUGUGUCACUGAAGUGACCAUUGACUUUUAAAACUGUAUGUUGGAUUUCUCCGAAAACAUUUAAAAAUUCCUAAAACCUGUAUUUAACAGAUUUAAACACAAAAAAUUGAAAUGUUAUCAUACCCAACACAUCAAAAGACUUUCUCAGCAUCUGCACCCUCUACUGUUGACUGUUUGACUACAGAUCAAAAAUAUACUUUGCAAAGUAGGUGGUAAACAAAACAUUUCAAUAUAAUAUGUACAUUAAAAGCUUAACAACGUAAGAAGACAGUUUGAUGUCAUCCCAUUUUCCCCGAGUUCUCCCUCUGUACAAAACACCAACAGUGUCUGCUUCAGACAGUUGUUGGUGUCUGAUAGUUUAAUGUCAGUAGCUUAGUCUGAAAACUUAGAGCUAAUAGACACGCUAAUAGGUGAUGAAGAAAAGAAAGAUUUGGUUCCUGUGCUUGGUGGUUCAAAGAUGCUAUUGAAAAGGUUACAUUAUCAAACUAUUUCAGUGAGUAAAUUCUUGUCAGCAUGCUAACUAUCUACCUAGAACCUUUGAGAAUAAUCAUAUCAGUCAUUGCUGAAGUUGUGUCAAUCAUUUUUAGCCAUGAUAGCAGCAUGGCGCUAGGGAUGGCAUUGGUCCACCACUUUGGUACAGACUGAAAUAUCUCAACAACUAUUGGAUGGUUUGCCAUGAAAUUUUGUACAAAUAUUCAUGGUGUCCAGAUGAUGAACCCUCAUAACUGUGGUGAUCCCCUGAAUUUUAAUAUAGGGCCACCGGCAGGUCACAGUUUUCACUUAUCUAUUGAAAUAUCUCAAGAUCUUCUACAUGGAUUGGCACAACAAUUGCACGGAUUUCUCCUUAGCAUGAAUUGCAAUAACUGUUGUGGCAUGUGAAUGCCAAGCAGCCUCACAGAGCUGCUAGCAUGACUGUAGACUCUUAGUCUUGUUUCCUUAUCCCAACCUGUUGCCAUCACAAUAUACUGGGCCUUUGAAUCAAACUCCACGAGAAAAUUCAGGAAAUAACUGACCAUACAAUAAUAAAGAUACAUUCAGUGGCUAACAUUAGCUUGAUAACUUGUAUUUGAACAAUGUGCCUAUCUUCUGAUAGGCUCUGAUUUGGUACCAGCAGUCUUGGUGUAUUGACAACACAGUGUCAAUACACCACCUCUUAAGUUCAGUGAUUGUCACUGGUUCAGUCUAGUGUCCACCCAGUGCAGCUCUGUUUAUUUGAGUGUAUGAAGGAGCACUGACACCAGUUUGAAAUAAAAAAAAGCAGACAUUGACGUAUAUAAGUGCACUGCUCUGUGGGACCAGUCUGGAGAUUCAGGGUGAACUGAAUGACAUCAAAUUGCCUUUAUAACCCUCUGCCAUCGUUACAUAGCCCAGAUUACACUUUAGCAGUUGAUAAUACACUUGAGGUUGCUCAGCAUAUGUGUGUGAAACACUGGGUAGGGUUCUUGUAGGUUCCAUGUACUGUCAGAUUUCCAGGCACUCAGAAGAUUGGUUUCUCAGUUUUUGUUUGCUUCAUUGAACCCAAAGGAUUAUUUGACUCAGGUUUGCUUGAGUGUAGCAAGAUGUUAGAAAAUACACUAUGGCAAGCAAUGUGGUCCAAAUUGGUGUAACUUGUAACUUUUGAGCACUUGUUUGUCAGACAUUUUGGCAAAUUGUGAUGACCCAUCAUAUAAUAUAGUUGUGUCACAAUAUUUGAAAGCAGGUAGACCUCAGGUGGACCUAUAUGCACUCACACACAGCAUCAGAUAUACCACACAUUGAAGCACAUGCAUACAGUACAUGUUAAAUACACAAGCAGUCACACGUAUCAUACAAAGAUGUCAAUGUCAAAACACUGCAGGAUGUUUCUGUAGUUGUUUGCGAUGAGACAGAAGACACCUCAGUCUUUAUCUCUUUCUCUACUUUGUCUUCAUUCCCUCCUUAUUCUCAUUCAAUUGUAUAAUCUCCCUUCCACAGGGAAGCUAGAGUAUUAAAUGACUAUUUACCACCCCCCUCUAUUUGAGAUAUGCAAUAUGCUACAGUAGAUGUACAGUUAGAUGUAUGAGACUCGUAUAGAUAGAAUAUAUGGUGAGAGGUCUGGUAUGGUGAAAGGUCACUGAAAGGCUAAUGUAUUUAUGUAUUCCAGAGUGUUGGAGAGUGUGUUUUCUCUUUUUCCCCUCCAUCUUUCCAACCCAAUUUUAUUUCUCCAAAAUGCAUGUUUUUUUCCCCUGUUUUCUUAAAUGUCAUUCUAGUGUCAUAUAAAAGUGAGAUAGCUUUUCAA